AGGAAUCAGACACCACUUCAUUAUGCUGCAAAAAAAGGACAUCAUUCUACAGUAGAAAUACCCCUGAAAGCAGAUGUGGAAAAAUAUCCACGUGAUAACAAGAAACGCACUCCUCUUCAUUUAGCUGCAAUUGGUAUAGUUUCAUUUAGGAAUUAUAGCCCAGUCCUAGAAACACUUCUGAAAGCUGGUGUCUCCAAAGAACCACGUGACGAGGAUGGCGACACGCCAUUGCAUCUUGCUGUUCGAAAUUCUAAAGUUAAUGUAGUAAAUUCACUUCUUCAAUAUGGUGUUGAGAGAGACAUACAAAAUUUGUUUUCCAUGACGCCGUUAGAAAUAGCCAUCAAGAAAGGAAACCCACGUAUAAUACAAUUGUUAUCUAAUGCAGAUAUACCAGACAGUGUGUUCGACGAGGUCCAGCACAUUGAUGAUGACAACGUAUUUGAAUUCGUAAAAGAUAUAGCUGCUCCAGAUGGCAAAAUUGACAGCAAGCUUCAGUCAAAAAUAAUGAAAGAUCCACAUGGUGAUAAUAACAAUGCAGGCUCAAAUCAACGUUCCAAGGUUCCGCAUACGAAGAAAAAAAACAAGAAGAAAAAAGCUGAUUUGUGGGAUGUAUCUUGUUUGUUCCCAGAGCUUUUGGUUACUAAUCAAUAUUCCCAGGGUUUCUUCAAGCACGAGUUUGUAUAG